AUGGUUUUUCUGACAACUAAAAUGAUGCAAAGGUCGGCACUUUUUGUGACGUUUGGAGGUUUGGUCACCUGUCUGAUCACCACUUUUCUUCCUCUGUGGAAGACGAUGAACUCUGACCUGAAUGAGGUGGAGAACUGGUUCUCAGCUUGGCACAUGUGUCUCUAUACGGAGGAGGUGGGGAUUCAAUGUAAGGCCUAUGACACCCUCAUGGGACUGCCAUUGGACCUGCAGAUCUCCAGGGUGCUCAUGUUGGUGUCUGUAGGAACUGGAGGCUUGGCUCUGCUGGCUGCUUUUCCAGGACUGGAGGGGGUGGACAUAUGUGUCGGGCAGCCUGGCCUGAAGAGACAGCUCCUUAUUCUGGGUGGGGUGCUGUCCUGGGUGUCAGGGCUCACCACUUUGGCUCCUGUCUCUAUUGUGGCCUACACAACGGUGGUCGAGUUCUGGGACCAGGGUUUCCCUGAUGUGAUGCCUCGCUGGGAGUAUGGAGAGGCCAUGUUUUCAGGGUGGUUUGGAGGUUUGGCUCUGGUCACCGGAGGGACUCUGUUUUUUAUAUCGGUGUGCAUGGAGGACUUCGAUCAGAGACCACCGAGUGUGCCAAACAGCCCUCAGGUGAAGCACAGGAGCAAGCACUACCUGAAGACCGAGGUGUUAUAG